AUGCGCAUCCUCCAGACUAACCUGGGAAGGUCAAGGCGAGCACAAGACCUGCUCCAUCAAACCAUCCGGGAGAGCACGGUCGCCCUAGCGGUGGUGGCGGAACCAUACAGAGUUCUGGAUGGCCCGGAGUGGGUCGGAGACACGGACGGAAUGGUUGCCUUCACCUGGACAUCAACGCCCGGGGCGUUCGCCCACGGAGCCCUGCUGGAACGCGGCAACGGGUACGCCGCGGUCGAGUGGGCAGAGAUGAUGGUGGUGGGGGUGUACGUGUCACCCAACAGCGGACGGGCAGCGUUCGAAGAAUUCCUAGACGAAGUUGGCGACUGCGUCAGGCGACGACUCCCCCGACAAGUGCUCGUCCUGGGAGACUUCAACGCGCACUCCACGGAAUGGGGGAACGCCAGGACCAACGCGCGCGGCCGCACGCUAUCAAACUGGGCCGCGGGACUUGGUCUUCUGUUAGUGAACAGGGGCUCGACCAGUACCUGCGUGACGUGCAGAGGGAGCUCCAUUGUUGACAUAACAUGGGCCUCCCCCGAGGCAUUCAGGCGGAUCUCAGGCUGGAGGGUGGCCGAAGGGGUCGAGACGCUGUCGGACCACCUCUACAUAUUCAUGGAGGUGGACGCACCUGGACCUGGAAUGCCGACGACAAACGACGGGCGCGGCCCGCCGAGGGGGAGGCACGCACGCCCACCACCCAGAUGGAAAAUAAAGGAGAGGAAUGAAGAUCUACUCCGGGCGGCUGCUAUAGCAACAGCUUGGAGCUGGGAGGCCUCGACAACGACGACCGAAGCAGACGUGGAAGAGGAGGCCGAGAACCUCCGCCAAGCCAUGACAGCAAUCUGCGACGCAUCCAUGCCACGAGCCAUACCGGGCACGGUGCGAAGCAGAGCAGUUUACUGGUGGAACCCCGACUUCACGGAACUGAGGACGAGAUGUGUCCGGGCCCGAAGACAGUACCUAAGGGCUCGCCGCUGGCGACGACGCGACGAAGAAGAAGUCUCCUUGCGCUACCGGGCGUACCGCGCGCUAUGGCGCUCGCUAUAA